AGGUGACCGCGGCGGCGGCGGCGGCGGAGGGUGUGGGACGCGGGGAGGUGGCUGCACAGGCUGGGCUGUCCCGGGAGCUCGGCCGCGGCCAUGGGGGGCCUGAAGGACGAGCUGCUCAAGACCAUCUGGCACGCGUUCACCGCGCUGGACCUGGACCACAGCGGCAAGGUGUCCAAGUCGCAGCUCAAGGUCCUCUCCCACAACCUGUGCACGGUGCUGAAGGUGCCCCACGACCCCGUGGCCCUGGAAGAGCACUUCCGGGAUGACGACGAGGGGCCCGUCUCCAAUCAGGGCUACAUGCCCUACUUAAACAAGUUCAUUCUGGAAAAGGUCCAAGACAACUUUGAUAAGCUUGAAUUAAAUAGGAUGUGUUGGACCCUCUGUGUCAAAAAAAACCUCACAAAGAAUCCCCUGCUCAUCGAGGAAGAAGAUUCAUUUAAAGUGUGGGUUAUUUUCAACUUUUUAUCUGAGGACAAGUAUCCAUUAAUUAUUGUGCCGGAAGAGAUUGAAUACCUGCUUAAGAAACUGACAGACGCCAUGGGAGGAGUUUGGCAGCAAGAACAGUUUGAAGAUUAUAAAGUCAACUUUGAUGACGGGAAAGAGGGCCUCUCGGCGUGGGAGCUGAUCGAGCUCAUUGGAACCGGACAGUUCAGCAAAGGCAUGGACCGGCAGACGGUGUCCAUGGCCAUUAAUGAGGUCUUCAAUGAGCUGAUACUGGAUGUGUUGAAGCAGGGUUACAUGAUGAAAAAGGGUCACAGACGGAAAAACUGGACUGAACGCUGGUUUGUACUAAAACCCAACGUGAUCUCUUAUUAUGUGAGCGAAGAUCUGAAAGACAAGAAAGGAGACAUUGUCUUGGAUGAAAACUGCUGUGUGGAGUCUUUGCCUGACAAAGAUGGAAAGAAAUGCCUUUUUCUCAUAAAGUGUCUUGAUAAGACCUUUGAGAUUAGUGCUUCCGAUAAGAAGAAGAAGCAGGAGUGGAUUCAAGCCAUUCACUCCACCAUCCACCUGCUGAAGCUGGGCAGCCCCCCGCCGCACAAAGAGGCCCGCCAGGGCCGGAGGGAACGCCGGAAGAAGCUGCUGGCUGAGCAGGAGGAGCUGGAGCGGCAGAUGAAGGAGCUCCAGGCCGCCAACGAGAACAAGCAGCGGGAGCUGGAGACCGUGAGGAAGAAACUGGAAGAAGCGGCCUCUCGGGCAGCAGAAGAGGAAAAGAAACGCCUGGAGACGCAGGUGGAGCUGCAGGCCCGGUUCAGCACGGAGCUGGAGCGGGAGAAGCUGAUCCGACAGCAGAUGGAAGAGCAGGUUGCCCAGAAGUCCAAUGAGCUGGAGCAGUACCUGCAGCGUGUGCGGGAGCUGGAGGACAUGUACCUGCAGCUGCAGGAGGCCCUGGAGGACGAGCGGCAGGCCCGGCAAGACGAGGAGAUGGUGCGGAAGCUUCAGGCCAGGUUGCUGGAGGAGGAGUCUUCCAAGCGGGCGGAGCUGGAGCGGUGGCACCUGGAGCAGCAGCAGGCCAUCGAGACGACGGAGGCCGAGAAGCAGGAGCUGGAGAACCAGCGCGUCAUGAAGGAGCGGGCCCUGCAGGAGGCCAUGGCGCAGCUGGAGCAGCUGGAGCUGGAGCGGAAGCAGGCGCUGGAGCAGUACGAGGGGGUUAAGCAGAAGCUGGAGAUGGCCACUAGUAAGACCAAGAGCUGGAAGGACAAAGUGGCCCAGCACGAAGGGCUCAUCCGCCUGAUAGAGCCAGGUUCCAGAAACCCCCACCUCGUCACGCACUGGGGCCCGGCCGCCUUCACGCGGGCGGAGCUGGAGGAGCGCGAGAAGAGCUGGAAAGGGAAGAAGGGCACCGAGUGACCGAGCGACGGGCCCUGUCCAGCCGCCGCCACGUGCAGCCGGAGGGCUUUGUGCGGAAGGCAAACGGAACUGGCUUUGCUGCUUCUAACCUCUCUCCCUUCAGCCUCCCGUUCGGUCCAGACACUGCGGAAGCCUCUGCCGUCUUCCUGCAAAUGAGGGCUCAUCUGGGAAGGAAAAAGCCGACACUGCCAGCUCCUCACAGACUCUUUCUCUGAAAACGGCCGCUCCUGGAAACCCCUCCGAUUCUCGUCAGCGUCGCCCCGUCCUGCUGGGGGACGGGCUGGUGCUCUGGGUCCCCGGUGCUCGGACCUCUGUGGACUCGGGUCCGCCACCUCCCUCUGCAGCACAUGUCCUCCUCCCUGUACCGGUGUCUAAGCUAGAUCGGCAGUUUCCUGGCAGUUCACGGGGGUGCCCUGACCAUCCUGCUCCGAGCCGGGAGCCAGCAGCUGGCCCGAUCCUCGACUGAGCGGCCGCAGCAGGUGUCUGUGUAAAGCUCGGUGCCACCGGCUUACCUCUGGCUCCAGGGCCUGUCUGGGCAGUCGGCAUCCUUUUUAAACAGACACACACAGUAAGUCCUCAGUAGCAUUAUGGACAGUGCUGGAACCUAAGGGAAGUGACGUAUACAGCAAAACCAGUUUUCCCGCAGGCUAAUCCAUCAAGGCCAGGGCUAAGUGUUCUUGGUAUCUCCUCAGCAUGGUAACAAAACGGGAUUGCACCAAACGAUGUCACUCAAGGACCUGCUGUAUUUAGGGAUCAAAGCCCGUAGAUGAACUGAGUGGAUCCCAUUUGGAAUGAGAUUUUGAGAGUAGCUGAAUUCCUCCUCUGAUUUACAAUGGUUUUGGCAGUCAGCGUGCUGACGGAGCCCGGUGUUACUUUGGUUGUUACUGUACAGGGCGUCUCAGGAGUAUGGGAACGCUUGUCCUACUCGGGCCUUUUCCCUAAUACACAGGCGUUAUGAUCAUUUAUAGGAAAACAUUUUAAAAGUGUAUUUUUGUCACAUGCCAUUUUGAGAGGAAACAAAAUAUUUAUAAAUGUUCAAACAUUCUCACCUAAAUGUACAAUGUAAUAUGCUGAACAAUCUUACAAUUUUUUUGCUAAUUUUCUAAGAUAUAUUAAACAUAUUUUGUAUGAUUUUUUAAAAAAUGGACUUUUAAGAAAAUAAAAAAACACACCCCCCCCAGAACAA